AAACGGCAUCUUGAUCAAACAUUGGAGAGCCAUAUUUGAUUUUUCUAUUCACUUUGACAAAUAAAAAAACAAAAAAACAAAAAAUUGCCGUCACUUCUCUCUGCUUCGACUUAGACUUUAAAAAUUCCAUUCCAUUCCUCUUGGCAACGAACCAUUGGAUUUCCAUUUCCUCAUUGUUUCUUCACCAAACGGCUUCCACGAUCCAAUCAACAAGAGCGAGAGAGUGAAAGAGAGAGAGUGUUUGUGAAUUGUGAUCGAUUCGAUUCGAUUCGAUUCGAUCUAUUGAGUUUUCAAUGGGAGCAGUUUCUUCCGGUGGUGAUAACAUAUGGAAGGCUCACACGGCGAUGGCGGUGGUGCAGCUUUUCACCGGAGGCUACCAUGUCAUCACAAAGCUUGCUCUCAAUGUUGGCGUCAACCAAAUCGUCUUCUGCGUCUUCCGUGAUCUCCUUGCUCUCUCCAUUCUCGCUCCACUCGCUUAUUUCCGUGAAAAACGUACAAGGCCACCCCUAACCAAGCGCAUCAUGAUGUCAUUCUUCUUUCUUGGAUUAACUGGGAUAUUUGGCAACCAUCUUUUGUUUCUUAUUGGUUUAAGCUAUACUAAUCCAACUUAUGCUGCUGCAAUUCAGCCAGCCACUCCAGUCUUUACAUUUCUGUUGGCUGUAAUGAUGGGUACAGAAAGAGUGAACAUGCUAAGAUAUGAAGGUCUGGCCAAGGUUGGAGGAAUUUUUACCUGUGUUUUGGGUGCCAUAUUUAUGGUUUUGUAUCGUGGUCCGGCAUUGAUUGGAUAUACAGAAAUAGACCUUGAAUCACACAGUGAAGUAAGUGCGAGAGGUCAACCAGAGCCUUCUGGAUGGUUAAUUAGUGGUUUAAUGGGUCUUGGAUUAGACCAUUUUCAUAUCGGGGUUUUGUGCUUCAUUGGGAACUGCAUGUGCAUGGCUACUUUUCUAGCCAUUCAGGCUCCAUUAUUAAAAAAGUAUCCUGCAAACCUAACAGUCACGGCCUAUUCAUACUUCUUUGGAGCUUUACUGAUGGUAACCACAUCGUACUUUGUGACUGAUGAGUCAACUGACUGGAGUUUGACACAAUCUGAAACAAUUGCUGUUUUUUAUGCUGGAAUUAUUGCAUCUGCCCUUAAUUAUGGAAUCAUUACAUGGUGUAACAAGAUCUUGGGGCCGGCCAUGGUUGCCCUUUAUAUUCCACUUCAACCUGGGGCUUCUGCUCUCUUGUCCAGAAUUUUUCUUGGAAGUUCAAUUUACAUGGGAAGCGUUGUUGGUGGAUCAUUGAUCAUUACUGGUUUAUAUGCGGUUACUUGGGCAUCUUAUAGAGAAAGGAAGGCAGCUGCUGGAGUUAUUCCUCUUGGCUCUUGGGUCCCUGAAUCACCUAUUCAUGACAAGAAGAGUCCAUACCAUAGAGCACUUCACAUUUUCUCAGGCCUCCCCGGCUUUUCCACAAAGCCUUCGGAUUAACGAAAUUAACUAUGGAAUGCCGUGUAAAAAGUUGUGCCAUAAUUCUUUGUUCCCUUACUGGUAUCUUAUAUACAUAGCUGUUCUGAAGAAAUACAAUGUGACAUUGAAAUUUUGUAGAACUUGUUUAGCAUUCGACAAGGUUACCUGUUAUCUUGAAAAAGGUUUUUCUA